AUGUACAUUGAAACAAUUUCAAAGCGAAUGGCUGAAGCCACUUCCACUGUCACUUCUAAUUCUAAAAGAUGGAUGAUGGUGCCUGUCGUUCAUGGUGGUUGGCACAAUCAUAGAUGGUACUUACUUCUUCUUUUAAUCAUUCCUGUCGUGUUGAUGCUUUUAGUAUAUUGGAUCAGAAGAAGAAGAUUUAGAAAAUUAGCUAAACAAGCACAAAAUUCUCCAAACCAACAAUAUUAUGAAUCUCAAACUCAACAACAAUAUAUUCCACAAGAACAAAGUGGACCAACAAGUUAUAUUCCUCCAGCUUUACCUCAUGGAACAAAUUACUCAAGACCAAGUGUACCACCUCCUCAUAUCUUAGCUCAAGAAAAAGAUGCUUAUAAUAAUGUGGUUCCUCCACCUUAUGUGGCUCCUCCUCCAGAAGAUGCUCACGUUAAGGAUUAA